AUGGUUGUCACAACCGUUUCCCCGAGAUAUAUCGACGCAGAGGGGUUGAUGGCGCUGCUGGGGCGCCUCUUCCCGGGCCAAGAUUAUACCGCUAGGAUCAAGAAUGGGGUGUGGGUGAUCAGCACGCCUAGAGCUCUGACCCAAGACGAGGGUGGUCAGAUCGGCGUCUCCGAUUGCAGCAGUUUGUUGGAUGACCGUAAAUUGGUGUAA